AUGGAGGCUCCUGUGCAGAACGUGAAAAGCGCCAGAAGAUCUCAAGCGGAUAAAAAACUGCUGAAGAGACAAAUUAAAGCUUCUCACACCCUGCUGAAGCAUGAAGGCAUCAGCACCGCGGCCCAGCCCUCUCAGUGUGUGGUCGUGUGUAAUGGAGGUUUAGGGAAUGGUGUGAGCAGGGAGAUGCUGAUGGAGGUGCUGACUGAAGGUGGCGCUGUGGAGUCUCUCCUCAUGCCUCCCAAUAAACCCUACAGUUUCGCCACAUUCUCGUCUCUGGAGAUGAGUCAGAGAGCUCACACGCUGUGUAACGGCCGCGUGCUGGAAUGUAACGGACGCAGCAUCACACUGUACUGCAGUUACGUCCUGCCAGUGGAGGGAGAAGUGUGUGAGUGUGUGUCUCUCCCCCCUGGUCUCAGUGUGUUGGAGGACUUUGUGUCUCCAGAAGAAGAGUCUCAGUUACUGCAGGCUGUGGACUGGACAUCGCAUGAUGAUGAUGAUAUCACAGCACAGCGAGAACUGAAGCACCGCAGAGUGAAGCAUUAUGGGUACGAGUUUCGCUACGACAACAACAACGUGGAUAAAGACAAACCGCUGCCCCACGGCCUGCCAUUGGUGUGUGAUGCUGUGCUGCAGAGGUGUGUGUGUGACGGCCACAUCAACAUCCUUCCUGAUCAGCUCACAGUCAAUCAGUAUGAAACUGGGCAAGGAAUCCCCCCACAUGUGGACACACACUCGGCGUUUGAGGACACCAUCCUGUCUCUCAGUCUGGGAGCGAAGACUGUGAUGGAUUUCCGUCACCCCGACGGUCGCUCUGUUGCUUUGGUUUUACCAGUGAGGAGUCUUUUAGUGAUGAAGGGUGAGAGUCGUUACCUCUGGACUCACGGUAUAACACCCAGGAAGUUUGAUGUUGUGGCUGCAUCAGCAGCUGAUAGGUCAGGAGUUGUGAACUUUGACCCCAGUGAUCUGACACUGAACCAACGCGGCACAAGGACAUCGUUUACCUUCCGCAAGAUCCGACACACACCCUGCAACUGCGUGUACCCAUCAGUGUGUGACAGCCAGCGCCCCCCCUCCCCGCCUCGUCUCCCCGUUGCUUGUAGCGACGCGUGCCACUUGGAGGAACAGUAUGUUCACCGUGUCUAUGAGGAAAUCUCUGCGCACUUCAGCAGCACUCGCCACGCCCCCUGGCCUCGGGUCCGCGACUUCCUGCUCUCGUUACCAACUGAUUCCAUCAUGGCCGACAUCGGCUGUGGCAACGGCAAAUACCUGGACAUCAACCCUCAGGUGUUCUCGCUGGGCUGUGACCGCAGUGUGAACUUGGUGUCGAUCUGCGCUGAGCGAGGUUUCCCUUCAGUGGUGUGUGAUGCUCUGUCCGUCCCCUUGCGCAGCUCCGCCUUCGACGCCGUCAUCUCCAUCGCUGUCAUCCAUCACUUCUCCACACAGGAGAGAAGAUUGGCAGCCGUCACUGAGCUGGUGCGUCUGUUGAAGGUCGGAGGUCGCGCCCUGAUCUAUGUGUGGGCCAUGGAGCAGGAAUACAAGAACCAAAAAUCCAAAUAUCUCAAAACUAACAAGAACCAGGAGAACGUGGAGAACCAGGAGAACGUGGAGAACCAGGAGAAUGUGCAACCAAAAACAUCUAAACAGAACACUGAACACAGAAAUGACCUGGACGAAACCAAAAGUGAGUUGAGUGUUCGACAGGUGCAUGCUGGGAAAACGAGCUCAAACCGCACUGACACCAAGGAGGAUUGUGGGAAGGCGACCCCACCCAGGCUGAGCGUUCACACCAAUCGUACGGCGUUCAUUUCUCAGGAUCUCCUCGUGCCGUGGCACCUGAAAGGUGAAGUGAAAGCGAGUCCUGGUCCCGUGUUUCACCGUUUUUAUCACGUGUUCCAGCGCGGAGAGUUGGAGGAUCUGUGUGCGUCUGUCAGCGGGGCGGAGGUGCAGCAGAGCUACUACGACCAGGGCAACUGGUGCGUCAUCCUGCAGAAAACACACCAACACUAACGCCUCCUAACACUGAGCACACACCGACUCUGACUCGGAGGAGACGAGUCGCAGUUCUGUGACCUUUACCACAGUGCCUGACUGCAAGCACGCGCGCACGCCACAGAAAAACAGUUCAUUUUAAGAUGUUCAUUACAUUUAUUUUUAAAUGUUUAUACAAUAAAUGAUAUUACUAUAA